AUGCCGAUACAUAGGAUCAAAGUGGGCGGUAUAGGAUCGAAGUCACGACUGUUGCUCCAUUCACGUAUUAUUGGGCAAUUUUGGCACUAUCCACUUCCAAUUCAAGACAUGGCAGGGCGAAACAGACACACAUGGACUACUAAAGAGGAUGCAAAUCAUAAAGAUGCUCUAGGUUUUCACGAUAAACCAUUUCCCCAAUUUGAUAACCUAUGUAAAAUCUUCGGGAAGGAUAGAGCUACUGGUCAUGGAGCUACUGAUCUUGGUGAAGUUGUGACUGAAGAGACACAAAGAAACUCACCUGUUGAUGUGGAAGUGUUGGAAGAGAUUGUUAAAGAGACGUAA